AUGGCGGAGAGCGGCAGCGGUGGGUGUGUCAACUGCUGUUGCAGCUUCAUAUUCACCUUAGGUUUGACAGCUCUCUUCUUGUGGCUAAGUCUACGUACCUCAAAACCCACUUGCUCCGUACAGAAAUUUUUGGUUCCUUCACUCAACAAAACCGACAACUCCACCACCACCAGGAACAACCACACCAUUUUCUUUGACAUCAAGCUAGAUAAUAGGAUGAAAGACAAAGGCGUGGACUAUGAUACCAUAAAUUUAACUUUUUUCUAUGGUCAAAAUUAUAGCUUUCCUAUAGCCAACUACACAGUGCCAGGGUUCUACCAGGGUCACGAUAAGCAUACUAGCCGGAAAGCGGUGGUGGAGACUAAUGGAGUGCCGUGGGAGGCGGCGUUUGAGGCUGUUUCAAAUGUGUCCACGGUGGCUUUUAGAGUGAGAUUGGCUACUAGAGUGAAGUUCAAGAUCUUGGUCUUUUAUACCAAGAGACACAAUCUGAUUGUGAAGGGGGAUAUACAGGUUAACGACUCCGGAGAGAAAAUGAAUAAAAAAGGUAUCAAACUCAAGUCGAACGCACCACAUCAGUUGAGCCAUAGGCUGAGACUGGAAUUUUUGGUGGUUAUUUUAACUGUCUUGAUGAUCUUUUUGCUGUAA